GGUGUUCCAUUCGGUGUGUAUUGUCACGUCACAUACUGCGAACUCCCGCUCCGAGUUUAACAGUGUCACGUGACCCACGCUAACCGCCAUCUUUGCUUAUCGUAUAAACAGUGCGACCGGGCGCAGUAAGGAUAGCUGUUGAUUAAAUUCGUGGUUUUAGUGUGUUUAUUGUGUGAUUGAGGUGCUGAGAAAUGUCCGAUAUCAAAGCAGAGACCAAGAACGAUAAUAACAUUGACGAUAUGUCCAAGGACCAGUCAGAGGAAAAACCAACUCCUAGUAAAAACAAACGAAGCGGGUCCAAGAGACUGUCUACUCUUGAACGAACGGCUCAGGAAGGCGAAGCUCUUGUUAAGGGAAUGGGUUCAGCGCCAGUAGAAGUUGAGGGCAGAAGACGUACCCGCAGUUCAGCUCGUGGACUGACACCUUCUACACCUGCACCUUCUCCACCGAAGAAACAAAAAACCGAGGUUAUGUCAAAAGUAUCGUCUGGAACAGGACGCGGACGUGGACGUCCAAAGAGGCAGGAGAAGACCAGCGAAAAUAAUACCGAUGAGGAGGCCAACAACAAAAAUGAGAAGCAUGUUGAGGAGGAAAAAAUGGAGGUAGAUGAAGAAGCUAAAGAAGAAAAGGAGAGCAAAACGUCGGACAAGAGUGUUGCCGAGAAAAACAGUGAGGAAACUACUGAUGGAAAUGAUAACAAUGCUGAGAAGACCAAUUCCAAGGAAGAAAAAACGACGGAAGAGCCUGAAGAUGCGCCGGCAACAGAAUCUAAAACUCCGGCAAAUGCUAGUGAAGAAAAAAAGGAGGAAAAUGAUGAAGAUGUUAAGGAUAGUUCAGACUCAAGUCAAGACGCGACAGAUGCAGUUGCACCGGAUAAUAAUAAAUCUUCAGAACAACCACCUGCAAACACAGAGUCUCAAAAUCCCUCCAACAAGACGACCACCGAUGAGAAAAAGGAAUAACCUUUUUAUUUACUAUCAAAUUCAAUAUAAUUUUUGCGUAUCAAGACGGCGCACACAUCGGGGCUGUAAAAUCAAAGUCUCCACGUCUAUUUUAUUUAAUUGACAUCUUAUAUUGCUGUUUGUAAUUGAAAUCAACAUUAUUUUUCUA